AUGGCACAAGAAAACAGGGAACUCCAUGUAGUUUUUGUUCCAUACUUGACACCAAGUCAUAUGAUCCCCUUAGUUGAUACAGGUAGACUUUUUGCUAGCCAUGGCGUUAAAGUUAGUAUUAUUGCCACCCCCUGCAACGCCAUGCUUUUCGAGUCCUCCAUCGAUCAUGCAACUGAUUUAGGCCACAAAAUAUUUGUCCACAAACUCAAAUUCCCAUCAGCUGAAGUAGGAUUACCUGAAGGGAUCGAAAACUUCAGUGCUACUACUACUCAAGAAAUGGCAACAGGCGUAUUUAUGGGAAUUGCUUUGCUUCAAAAACCCAUGGAAGAUCUUAUCAUUGAGCUUCGUCCUCAUUGCAUUGUUUCAGACCUGUUCUUUCCGUGGACUGUGGAUGUAGCUGAGCGACUGGAGAUACCUAGACUUAUGUUUUAUCCGACCAAUGUUAUGUUCCAUUGUGUUGAACAUUGUUUGAAGGUUUAUACACCUCAUGAGAAGGUAAGUUCGGAUUCAGAAAGCUUUUUGAUUCCAUGUUUACCAGAUAAGAUUGAAAUUAAAAGAUCUCAACUACCUGAUGAUCUGAAAACCAACCCUGAAGGACCAUAUUGGGAGUUGUUGAAGAGAGUUAAAGAAUCAGAACCUCGGAGCUAUGCUAUGAUUCAUGACACUUUCUAUGAUCUAGAGCCUAGUUAUGCUGAGCUUUACCAGAAAAUCAAAGGUAAAAAACCAUGGUUGGUUGGUCCUUUGUUUCUUUUUUCAAAGAGAGAAGAAGCAAGCAAUACAAGAGAUACUCCAGUUCAAGAGCGACAUAGCUGCCUAAGUUGGCUUGAUUCUCAACAACCAAACUCAGUUGUAUAUAUUUGUUUUGGAAGUAUGGGGAGGUUUUCUGAUGCUCAGCUUACUGAAAUUGCCUUGGCUCUUGAGGCAUUGAAUUCGUCGUUUCUUUGGGUCGUAAGAAAGGGAGACAAUGAGCAAGAAAGUUGGAUGCCUACUGGCUUUGAAGAAAAAAUGCUUAGCAACAACAAAGGUUUGAUAGUCAGAGGUUGGGUGCCACAGCUGAAGAUCUUGAACCAUCCAUCAACCGGAGCGUUCAUGACUCACUGUGGCUGGAACUCCACCUUGGAAUCUCUAACAGCCGGAGUGCCAAUGCUGACAUGGCCAUUGUUCGCGGAGCAGUUCUACAAUGAGAAGCUGGUGGAGGUUCUUGGAUGUGGGAUCGGGGUUGGGGCAGAAGUGUGGCACGUUACAUUUGAUAUCAAGGAUACGAUUGUCAAGAAGGAUAAGAUAGAGGCAAGUGUGAAAAUGUUGAUGAAUUCCUCUAAGGAAAGCGAAAAGAUCAGAAGUAGAGCAAAAGAUGUUGAAGCAAUGGUUAAGAGGGCUGUAGGACAAGGUGGUUCGUCUUAUAAUCAUCUAAUAGCAUUAAUACAGGAGCUCAAGUGUCAUGCUUUUGGCAUAUCAGAAGAGUAA